GCCCUGCCGUCAUGGCGGAAAUAAUAAAUAGAUUCCACAAAGCCAAACUAUGUAGUAGUGAUUUGUGGUGACAAUGCAGGGACAAGGGUUAUCAAAUCAAAUCACACCCUGGGCUUAGAAAACUUGGAAACCAACCAUACCAUGUGAGGAUGCCCGACCGAGAUGGUGUGUCACAGCCGGCCCUCCCAGAGGGCACAUGGAUAACUGAGCUGAACCCUUCUGCGCCGCUUGCUUCUCUUGGAGCCACUCCGAAGCUCAGGUGCCGCUUUCUAACGUGGCGUGUCGUGUCAUUCAUGCCAAUCAGAAUAAAUUGGUUGGUUGUCAUGACAAGCCACUGAACAACUUUAAAUAUUUGGUGCAAUGUAGGAAGAGGGGUGUUACGACUCAUCAACGAUAUAUGACAGACAAUCCCAACCGUCAAUGACGAUGCAUUUCCGUUGGACGAACAUUCCAACUUCUGUUCGACCCGGUUGGGCUUAGUCUGCUUGCUGCUUGAUGUUGAUCGUCGAAUUGAGAAAGGAGGGCGCAGGCUUCUGUGUUGGCCUAGCUGAAGGAUGUUUCGUGAUUCGUCGGUUUUAAUUAGCAACCUCAAUUCUAUGCCUGUCGCGUGCAAAGUUCUCUUCUCUCCGUUCGGCACAUUCUUUUCGUGGAUAUUUUGACUCUAUGAGCUCAUCUUUCAGUUGGCAUGGUGUCUCAAAAAGACGACUCCGUUUGAUGAUUCCUCAACGUCAACAACCUCUGCCACGUAAAUUUGCUUAGCCAAUUAGGGACGGCUCAGGAACACUUGCUAAUCAAAAGUAUCCUAUAUAGACCUUGCCACCAGACAAUUCAAAAAUGCACUGUUUAAAGCGGCGGCAGGGUUCAAGGAGGCUUCGAUUUGUAUCCAAUGUGUUGUAUCAUGUGCCAUGUCAAAUCGGCCCAGUUUAUGCCCAUGCUUUGCCCUCAAUCUGAGGGGUCCUUUCACAAACAAGCUUUGUUAAACUAGGGAAAGAGAGCAAGGUUGUCUGAGCGAUCCGCGAUCCUGCGUGUAUGCAGCAGAAGAUGGAGGGCGUGCCGGGCAUCGUCCGGGUUAAUCAGCGCGGUUUGGCGACGUCGGACAAUAGACAUAGAGACUGCAAGAAGAUACCCCAUGUACAUGUGGUGCUUCCAGGAGAUUCACAAGCUGCCGAGGAACAAUGGAUAUAACGGACCAGGAGCCUAAGAAGCAGGAGGGCUUGACCAGGGGCUUUCAAUCGAAGGAAGCAUCCCCUCUCCACCCCCAACCCAUGCGGGGCAAACCUGGGGAAUAGCGCCGUGUCGCUCAUCGGACACUUGCCUGAUUGGGCAGUCAAUGCCCGGGUACAGAUGCAAAGGGACUCGGAUCAUGGCGAUCUAGUCCCGCCAAGGUUGAAGGCUGCAUAGAUUAUUUGUGGGUGUCGUUACUUCCUUCUUGCUUCGCCGCAAGGUUUGCAGAUUGCCAGUUCGACCGAGUAGGUGAACCCUGGUGGAAAUACUUAAGUUCGGCCAUUGUUCCCUCUUCAUCGCCAUUUGGUGUAUGUUGAAGAUUGGCUUGUUCUUCUUCACUUCCACGACGUCGGACCUGUCCUGUCUUGUUACAAUACCCCUUUCACACCCCUAAUUAUCCUUUCUUUCCUAUUAUCAGGUCAACAUGUCGGAAAAGAACGAGGUCACCCAGACCGAGAAUGGGACUGUCCCCAGGUCCAAGAAGCGAACUUGCGCGAGACACUGCAAACGCUUCUGGUGGGUUUAUCUCAUUAUUCUCUGCGUCAUUGUUGUCAUCGUGGUUCCUGUGAUAAUUCUUGUCGCUGUCCCGAAGAUUGCACAAAGUAAGAUCAACGAAGCCAAGUUGGAAAUCCAAUCCGUUCGAAUUCUUGACACCGAGAGUGACGCCUAUCUCAUGGAAAUCGAUUCUUCUAUCACAACCGAUGGCAAGAUCCAUGCCAAGGUUGAUCCUUUUGAGGCUGAUAUGUAUCUCGAGGAUUGGCCAGCACAUGUGGCGUUUGCUACCGUGAAGAUGCCAGAGACCAACAGCAACAAACACCAGGUCGUCAAUGUGAGCCAGCAGGUCACAAUCACCGACAUGGAGGAGUUCACUCGUUUCAACGUCUGGUUCCACAACAAUGAGACAGUCCGUGUCACCGUAUACGGAAAGACGAAAGUGAAGCCAAGCGGUCUAUCGCGCAAGUACGGCGUCACCUUCAAGAAGACAUUGGAACUCAAGGGUCUUAACCAUUUCGCUGGCACUGAAGUCAACGACGGCCACAUCGGCUUUGGUAGUGGUAAAGACGGGCCCAACUUCAACGGCACCACCACGAUUCCAAACGCUUCCGUGUUCACACUGGAUAAUGGCAACGUCACCUUCACAAAUUUUGUUGGAGAUAUUGAAGUCGGCACCCUGACGAUUCCAAACUUGGUGCUCAAGCCAGGUGACAACGUCGUCAACAUCACCGCCAGCAUGAACCAGAGUAUUAUACUCAACGCCGUCCAGCAAGAGCCCUACUGCAAAACAGGCAUCCUCCCCUUCAAGUUACUGGGCAAGUCGGUCAUCAACCAUGGUGAAAAUCUUACCUAUUUCGCCGCAGCACUGGCGAGUUCAAAUCAAACAGUUGAAAUCGACAUUGGUGCCAUUUUGAAGAAGGACCUCGACUAUGAGGUCAAGUGCCAGAGCAAGAAUGAUUAAUUGCAGGAUUCAUUGGGAUUAUGGGCUGCAUGCCCUGUGUGCAUGGAAGCAACAGAAAGGUCAUGAAUUAUGCAAUUCUGGUGGCGAUGGAUGAUGUACGCCGUCGGGUCGAUUAAUGUAAAGCUAUGAGGAGGUGGUGGUUUGACCAAAGGCGCGGGCGGUUAUAAUGAUACCUUUGAUGCGAGUCACCCUGUGUCCAACAGGUCUCUGAAUAAAAACUUCCGGCUCUCCAUCUCGUGAGUGUGAUGUCUGCUGGUCAUUUUCCUCGGCAAAGUGCUAUCGCUGCGAUCAUAUGUUGUGACCUGGCGCCUUCAUUCUUAAUUCCAACUACUUUUCCGUUUCUCGCCUCUUAAGAGUCCACUUCUCGCUGUUGUAUCCUGGCCUGCCGAUGUUGACGAUGGGACAAAUUCAACGGUCGUCCUGGUACCAGUGGUCUUCUCUGCUUCUUUCUCCUUCAGCACUUUGUCGUGGCUCUUCCGUAGCUUCUCCUUGAACGCCCAUUCUGGAAACGCUGCAGGAUUCCACAAAUCCGUAGCUAAUGUAGUUGAAUACUGACUGUGCUCAUCGACUUCGACAAAUCUCAUCAGUUUAUCCAUCAAACUGGGAUUUUUGAGUGCAGUUGAUUGCUCCAGUUUGGCAUUGAAGUGUGUUCCCUUCUUCUUGAGCUCAAGGAAUUUCUCAAAUUUCUUGUUUGUGCCGGGCGGUGGUGAUCCUGGGGGCGAUGGGGGAAUGUUUAGGUUAGGUGCUGAUGGUAACGUCAGGUCACGAAGAAGAGCACGAUUGCUCGAGUAUGGUGAAGCAGAUCUAGAUGCUGGAUCUUGAUCAUCUAGAACAGCUCCUUCCAUGGGUGGUAGGAAAGGUCCCAAGGGCGCAGCAUUUUGUUGAACUGGUCCGAUGGGAACAUCUUCCAGACUCUUAUACUCAGACGCUACAUAGUAGCAAGGUCAGAGAUGGC